UUUUAGUUGAACUUGUCUUUCAGAUCUAGACUAUGUGUUAGAUAUUUUGUGAUGAUUGUUCCUUUGUUCUGGAGAGCCCGGUUUGUGGGAUUUCUCGGAAUGUUUUGCGUCUGUGUGUGCUCUAGACCUACUUCCUUUCGCGGGCUGGGAGGUUGCAUUCUUGAGGAGGAGGGGUUGGGGGUGCGGGGGUGCCUGGCUCCUUACAUCGUCUUCAGGAGUGCGCGUCGUGGGAUAUGCUGAUGUGGUGUACGUCGGCAGUGUUAUCUGUAAUCGGUCUGGUAGUAUGUAAGACUUGUGAUUUCUGGUAACGAAAAUCGAAGAGGAGACUCUCUUUAUAAAAAUAAAAAAAUAAAAAUCCUUCCCUUCCUCUCUAUGUGCUUUGUGCAGCACGCGUUUGGACAAUCCUCUGGACAGUGCUUGACAGCAGAGGUGAUGGGCAUGAAAGAUCCGGAUCAAGGAAAUCGGUGAUAAUACCAGCGAUUUGGACUGGUCUCUAUGACUCUAUCCAACGUCCACUGAAACUAGCCGGUGCUGCAGGGACAACUCGAUCGAGCUCAUCGGUCAGUAGUCGCCACUCACUAGUCGUAACCGAUGCGGCCGGUCGGAAUGGCGACGCCUCAAGCCUAAGCAGCUAGCGCCGUCGCUGUGCAGUCCCUUCUGGCCGACUGACGUCAGGCGCCUCGUGCCGACCUGAGGGAGGCCGUCGUGUCCUCGGCAGCCCGUGCCACGUCUCACCGUCGCCACUAUAAAGCCAGUAGCCUUCUCCUCCCAGCUCAACUUUUUUUCCUUCGAGCCAUCGGCACCCAGCUCAACUUCAGGAUCCAAGCUCCACCGACCACCGCCACCUUUCGGCUGCCACUGCCCGCCGCACUGCGCGUGGGGAGGCGGUUGCCGCCGCGGCGUGCGGCCGUGCUAGCUCGUGCCGAUGGUGAGGGGGGCGAGGUCGAGGAGGCCGCCGGCGGGGGAGGAGGACGCGGAGAAGGAGUACGAGGUGGACGUGGAGCCCGACCGGUGGAAGUCGUCGUCGCGGAACAGCCGGCUGGAGCUCAUGGGCCGCCUCCCCCCGCUCCGCCGCCUCAGCCGCAUCCCGGGAGCCGACGCCGACGCCGAGGGCGGGUUCCUCCGCGGCCUCGUCAUCCACCCCGACAACAAGUUGUACCGGUCAUGGACUAGGUUCAUAGUGGGUUGGGCAGUGUACAGUUCUUUCCUUACGCCCUUCGAAUUUGCAUUCUUCAUGGGGCUCCCUAGGAAGUUGUUCUUCUUGGACAUAGUUGGUCAGGUUGCCUUCCUUAUUGAUAUUGUCCUGAAGUUUCUUGUGGCCUACCGUGACCCAGACACAUACCGCAUCGUAUACAACCCAACCUCUAUUGCCCUCCGAUAUUGCAAAUCAAGCUUCAUUUUCGAUCUCCUUGGUUGCUUCCCAUGGGAUGCUAUCUAUAAGGUUUCUGGGCAUAAAGAACUAAGAUACCUACUGUGGAUUCGCUUAACACGAGUGCUGAAGGUCAGAGAAUUCUUCACGGAUUUGGAAAAGGACAUCCGUGUGAAUUACCUGUUCACAAGAAUAGUGAAACUCAUAGUUGUGGAGCUCUAUUGUACACACACGGCAGCCUGUAUCUUCUAUUACCUGGCAACAACGCUUCCUGAAUCAAUGGAAGGGUAUACGUGGAUCGGGAGUUUGCAGCUAGGAGACUAUAGCUAUUCCCAUUUCAGGGAGAUCGAUCUUGCCACGCGUUAUGUUACAUCAAUGUACUUUGCCGUCGUCACCAUGACAACUGUUGGUUACGGUGACAUUCAUGCUGUAAAUGUUAGGGAAAUGAUAUUUGUCAUGAUUUAUGUUUCCUUUGAUAUGGUUCUUGGAGCUUACCUUAUCGGUAACAUGACUGCAAUGAUUGUGAAAGGCUCGGCAACCGAGCGAUUCAGGGAUAAAAUGAAAGAAGUUAUCAGGUAUAUGAACAGAAAUAGACUUGGAAAGGACAUCAGAGAGCAGAUCAAGGGACAUUUGAGGUUGCAGUAUGAGAGCAGCUGCACUGAAGCCUCUGUACUUCGGGAUAUUCCUGUUUCUAUUCGUGCAAAGAUUUCGCAAACACUGUACAUGCCAUACAUUGAAAAGACACCAUUGUUCAAAGGAUGUUCGGAAGAAUUCCUUCAACAGAUUGUGAUUAGGCUGCAAGAGGAGUUCUUCUUACCAGAAGAAGUUAUUUUGGAGCAAGGGAGUGCGGUUGACCAGUUAUACUUCGUCUGUCAGGGUGCACUGGAAGGUGUUGGCAUUGGCGAAGAUGGUCAAGAGACUAUUCUAAUGUUGGAGCAAGGGAAUUCUUUUGGAGAAAUUGCUAUUCUCUGCAACAUUCCACAGCCCUACACUGUUCGUGUUUGCGAACUUUGCAGGCUCUUACGGUUGGAUAAGGAGUCCUUUGCACACAUAUUGGAGAUUUAUUUUGCUGAUGGAAGAAAACUUUUGAGCAAUCUUACCGAGAGUAACGAAUAUGGCAAACGGGUUAAACACGUAGAAUCAGAUAUCACAUUCCACAUAGGGAAGCAAGAGGAAGAGCUUACCUUAAGAGUGAAUAAUGCCGCUUUUUAUGGUGACCUUCAUCAGUUGACUGGCUUAAUCCGAGCUGGAGCCAAUCCAAAGAACACUGAUUACGAUGGGCGGUCUCCUUUGCAUCUUGCAGCUUCCAAAGGGUAUGAAGAUGUUGUGCACUUCCUUAUCCAUGAAGGGACUGAUAUCAAUCUGACUGGUAUGCUCACUCGUCAAAAUGCAUCCCUGCAGCAAUUUUCCAGCUUCUUGCAUAUACACUUGUAUAGUUAUUAUGUGAUCACACAUUUUUAUGCACUUAAUCUUUGCUUGAUAACAGAUAAAUUUGGGAACACACCCUUACUAGAGGCGGUGAAGCAGGGGCAUGAACGAGUGGCCACAUUACUCUUCAGCAAAGGAGCCAAGCUGAACCUCGAGAAUGCCGGUAGCCAUCUCUGCAUAGCAGUAUCGAAGGGAGACUCUGAUUUCAUUCGGGGGGCUCUAGCUUAUGGUUCGGAUCCAGACUCGAAAGACUACGACCACCGCACUCCUCUCCAUAUAGCAGCUGCAGAGGGCUUUUAUAUUAUGGCAAAGUUGCUGGUAGACGCUGGCGCAAGUGUGCUUGCAACAGACAGACGCGGUACUACUCCUCUGGAUGAAGGACACAAGUCCGGGAGUAAGCCACUUAUAAUGCUGCUUGAACAGGCGAAAGCUGACGAGCUCUCCAAGUUCCCCACACGAGGCGAAGAAGUGAGAGAUAAGAUGCAUACACGACGAUGCUCCGUGUUCCCUUACCAUCCAUGGGAUACUGAUGCCAAGCGAAAGGAGGGGGUGAUGCUGUGGAUUCCUCACACUAUCAAUGAACUCAUCAGGUCAGCCCAAGAGAAGCUGGGUUUGUCCAGCUCAUGCCUGCGCUUGCUCUGUCAGGAUGGCGCGACGGUCCAGGAUGUGGACAUGGUCAAUGACGGGCAGAAGCUCUAUCUGGUUGGAGACAAGGACAUGGGUGACAGCGAGUAGAAGGUGCGCCAAUCGCUGAAAUGAAUAAUCAUAUUGUGUUGCAUCAAAAUUUGCAUUUUUUUUUUGGGGUCAGGUAUUUCUGAAAGAGUAGCCUAUUUCCCCCCUACCUUUUCUGGUAUGCUGGCUGGGUGCUGUGCUGUACAUAUAUAUAUAAACAAGAGAACGGCUGGACUGAUUCUCGAUGUUGUGCAAAUUAUAGUUGAAUGGAAAUAAAAUGUGGAGCUGAAAUGAA